AUGGAUGUCGACCGAUCCCGGAAUCGCAGAGAUCGAACUUUUGCUGGCAGCGCAUGCGCCGUUUGUGAAGAACCGUUAGAACAUACCCUCCGUGGCGAGCGUAUUCUGCAGUUCUCCUGCGCUCACGUUGCCCACGAAGCAUGCUUUUAUGAAUUUAUUCGGGACGUCGAGCCCCAGUAUUGUCCAAUCUGCUCGGCGCCUCUCGGAUUAGAUGCUAGCAGAAGUGGAAAUGUUCUCGAUCUAGAAAAAAUAAGUAAUCUUGUACGGUCCGUUUCCGUUGCCGAAUCGCAGACGAAUCGCAGUGGCCAUGCACCAGCGGCAUCGUGGGAUAACGGAAGCAACAUAGCUGGUUCUGUGAACCAAGACUAUUCUAAUCGGUCCUUCAGCAACAGCCGUGAUGUUAGGGAACAUUCUCGCAUUGAUAGCAGGGACGCCAGCAGCCAACGUGAGAGACUCGAGAGACUGACUCUGGGCUCGCGAAAUGAAAUUCUCCGUCAUGACACUGGGACGGUUGGCGGCCAAACUACCUCAGACUACCAGCACGAUGCUCACCAGUCAUCCGUGUCGAGACGCCAUGACUACGACGUACAAGCAAUGGAGGUCGAGCUCGGCCCUCGCCCAGGCAUCAGCAAGAACCUCAUUCCGGCACCGAUAGUGACAGUCCGCAGUGAAUUCCCGUCCCUAAACCGUUCCCGCCAACAGCAGCCCCUCACUUGUUUGGUUACAGUCGAAGUUCCCGGAGAGAAAUGGUCGCCGGACCCAGAGCAGAUACGCCAGGCGCCUGGUGCUCUCCUUCCCGCAGAAGACGCCCAGUCUUUGGCUGUAAAGGCACAGGGCCUCUCUAGUCCCGAUACGCACACGCAAGCGCGGUCCAUCAACGAAUCCGAAGACAUGCUGAGUAGCAUUGCAGAGGAUCUCCGUCUGCGGGUCGAUAAUUGGCACGGGUUGGAAUUCUCAAGAUUCGGCAAGCUGAACCUCUAUGGAACAAUCCGCGUGGGCAAAGAUAAAAACUCAUGGCAAGAGCUGGAGUGCUACCUCUUCUCUGACAUGCUCAUCUGUGUGAAGGAGAAAAAGGGCCGACAGCAGAGCCAGGGCCAGGCAAUGUUUGAGGACCCAGUGGCCCAGCGCGCAAGCACGAGAUUUACCCUCAAGGGAUCGAUUCUCAUCAAGAAGCACCUUAAGGAUCUGGAGACCAUCCCUGAUGAGCUUGUUUUGACUCUAAACUUGUCUGUCAAUGAACUACCGAGGUUCCACUUGAGGUUUCCAACCCUUCACCAGCUGGAUAUCUGGAAACGGGCUUUAGGGGAUUUACAGAAUGGGGGUGUGGCAACUCGCUCUGUGCAUGAGGUGGAAGUUCCUCAAUCUGAAGAGGAUGACUACCGAAUCUCGAAGACACCCAGCAAGCGGGAAUCGUCUGGCUAUUCGUCUUCAUACGGCGCAGGAAAGUCCAGCAAUACCGCUAUGACGGACUACACUAGUCCAGGGCGCGAGCCUAUGCCUAUAUCCACAUUCCAUGUGCCGCUCGAUAUUGUUGUUGUCAUACCCGUCUCUUCUUCGAUGCAAGGUCUCAAAAUCUCCCUGCUUCGUGACACUCUACGUUUUCUUGUCCAGAGCCUUGGCCCACGAGAUCGUAUGGGUUUGGUUACCUUUGGCUCAUCUGGCGGAGGUGUUCCUGUUGUAGGAAUGACUUCAAAGACAUGGAACGGCUGGGGCAAGAUAUUUAACUCGAUUCGCCCUGUUGGCCAAAAGAGCUUACGCGCGGAUGUCGUUGAGGGUGCAAACGUGGCCAUGGAUUUGCUAAUGCAACGUAAAUCAUUCAAUCCCGUGUCCACGAUACUACUCAUUAGCGAUUCGCAAACAACUGAUCCAGAAAGCGGUGAUUUCGUCGUCUCUCGCGCUGAAGCUGCGAAGGUUGGCAUCCACACUUUUGGCCUGGGCCUCACCCAUAAGCCGGAUGUUAUGAUUGAACUCUCAAGUCGAACAAAAGCAUCUUACACGUACGUCAAGGAUUGGAUGAUGCUACGAGAAUGCAUUGCUGGAUGCCUCGGGGCAUUACAAUCGACCUCGCAUCAAAACGUCAAAUUAAAGCUGCGUUUGCCCGAGGGCUCUCCCGCGCGGUUUGUCAAGAUUAGCGGUGCAAUGCAUACCACUAAACGCGCGACGGGAAGAGACGCAGAAGCUGUCCUGGGUGACCUGAGAUUUGGAGAUAAACGAGAUGUUCUUAUUCAGCUUGCAAUUACCCCAGACACCUCUGUCCCCGAACAUGUUCCUCAAGAUCCUUGGGAAAGCAUAGUUUCUGGAUUAGAGGCACUUGGUGGGCCAAUUGAUGGUGAUGACCAGCGAGUAGCGAGUAUAGAAGAAGUGCCCCUGAUUCAAGCUGACGUUACAUACGGCGACAUCUUACGUGAAGGUCACCUAACUCACUCACCAAGACCAUCCCUUUUGGCAAUCACCAUGUUUCCACAACAUCAGAAGUCAAAAAAUGUUGGACGGCCUAUCAGCCCUCCGAUUCCCCCCCAUCCUUCGAUUGUCCAACGUCGUAUGGAACUGCUUACAUCCGAUAUGCUGAUGAGGUCUCUUACUCUUGUGACUCGUGGUCAGCAUGACCGCGCCCAUCAUCUUCUCACCGAAACUAGGAGUAUUCUCAAGGGCCUUGGGAAGGGAGGUUUACCGCCGCUACCACCAGGAGCUAUCCCGACCCCAACCCCGCGAGCAACCCUCACCCCCACGCUUACUCCUGCAUCCGAGGCACACUCUCCUGGAAAUUACUCCCCUCAUUUCCCUGACACUCUUGAUUGUCGGGCUUCCUCCCACUCACAUGAAGCGCCAACCAUUACCCCUGUGGCUGCUGUUGAUCCUGCAAUUAUAUCAGCAUUGGAUGCCGAUCUUGAGGCAGCUCUGGAAUGGAUCACCCACCCUGCAGUUUUCAGCCGCGAUUCACGCAAGGCAGUUCUCCAGGCUAUCGGUGUCAUUUCCUCACAACGGGGAUACACGUUCCGAACCCCCUCUGAAUCACUAUGGGCAGAGCGCAUUCCAGGAGUGAAGCGCCUAACUGAGAAGUCCCGAGAGUGGCGUGAGGCUGGUGAUGAGUCCUUGGCCGAAGAAUAG